AUGGCGCUGACGAUCGGAAUUGCUGGUAUAACUGGCAAAUUUGGCCGGUGUAUUGUCAAGGAACUUCAAGCAUACCCUGAAGUUUGCAUCCGAGGCUACUGUCGAAAUUCUCAAAGGUUACUCGAUGAAGUUCUCAACUCCAGCAAGAUCGAAAUCGUCACAGGCGAGUUCGAUGACUACAGCAGCAUCAAGAGAUUUGUUCGAGGAUCAGAUGUUGUGAUAUGCUGCUACUUCGGUGGUCCUGAGCUUAUGACACAAGGGCAGAAGCUCUUGAUUGAUGCUUGCGAGGAAGAGUCUGUUCCGAGGUACAUUGCAGGUGACUUCGCAGUCGACUACACCAAGAUACCACCGGGAGCUCUUUUCCCCAAGGAGUCAGCAAUAAUCAUCAGAGAAUACCUGAAGUCAAAGAAAGUGGCCGGCGUGCACAUUGUAACUGGUGGCCUAAUGGAAACUUUUUGGAGUGAUUUCUUCGGUAUCUGGAGUCCGGAGUCACGUUCUCUCUCAAUCUGGGGUAACGGAGAAGAGAUGUGGGAACUCACCACUUUCUCUACUGCUGCUGCAUAUACUGCAGAGGUGGCUCUUGACAAGACGGCACUCGGAGUGCUACGAUUCCGUGGCGAUUUGAAAAGCCCGAAGGAGAUGAAAACGAUAUUCGAUCGCGUGUAUGCUUCGAAUAUGCAAAUUACUCGAUUGGGGUCUAUCGACGAGCUGUACGAGACUGUGAAAGAGGCAUUCGCUCAAGAUCCUAACAAUGUAGGAGUCUGGGGACCAAGAUGCUUCGCAUACUGGUGCACAAAUGGGCUGGCAUAUCUGGGCGAUUCACUUGACAACAAAAGAUACCCAAAGGUUGAGGCCGAAGAUCUCGAUUCCUUCCUCCAACGCCACAAGAUGGAGGAUCUCCAUAUUGCAGAUAGAAUGAUUGGGUUAUGA